AUGUCGCGCCACCAGGCAGUUCGCAACCUCGACUAUGAGGAGGUCCUUGAUGAAUAUGACGCCGACGACUACGAAGAGGAGAAUGAAGGCGAUAAACUCAGCCCCGAGGACCGUGAAGCUAUGGCCCAAGGCACUGAAGCUGUGCGAAGCGCUCUAGGUUCCGACGCAGACAAACUCACGACACAACAGAUCCAGGAUGCACUCUGGUACUACUUCUAUGACAUUGAAAAGUCGGUGUCUUAUCUCAAGAAAAAGUACAUCGCUCCACCACCCAAGCAGGAGCCCAAGAAGACCAAAGAUGAUGGCUUGGGUUUCUGGGGGUUUGACAGCAAGGCGAUGGAUGACGCUGGCGUCGUUCCGAUUUCAGGGUAUCCAGUUCCCAGGAUUGCAUCAUUAUCUGCAGCUUGUUAUUUCCACGGCAUAUCUUGGAUGGGCAUUCCCAAAGACCGACAUGCUAUUUUGACUGCUCCUCAACCUCUUCCUGGUGGCCUGCUUGGCGGCGGAGAGGGGCAAAAAGUCUCAAAGCUCCAGGCACUGGCAGCCGCACGGAAGAAAAAGACGGAUGCCAAUAAAACAGACGACAAAGUUGACCGGGCAGAGAAACGAAUGUCUUCUCUGGCGAUCAAUGAGUCGUCCAAGGAGAAUGUGAGACUCGGUUCAGGCAUCCUGGCCAAACGGCAAAAGCUUUCCGAAGAGGCAAAAUCACAAUCCUCGACACUCGCUCAGCCACUGCAGCAAAGCUCAUCGGCUGGGGAAGCAUCCUCGGACAUGCAGAUUGACUCAGUGAAAACACCAUCUACGGGGGACAUUGAACAGACUGAGGACGAAUGCUUCACUGUGCCGUCUACGAGACCAUCUGCCUUUGCUCGGACCCUCUUUGGACCUGCUCAAGACUCUGCUGCCGCCCCUCAAACGUACAACAUGCCAUACAUGGCUUCUUCAUCUUUCGUGCCCAGUGCUUUCUCCCAGCCGAGCCCUGAUGACAUCGUGAUCGCUGCUCAGGCGAAAGCGGGCAAUAAGUUCGACGCUGCUGCUGCCAAGAGCGCAACGAAGAAAGUGGCCGCCAAGGCGAAGACCAACGAAGCACCUGCCGGAGAAAUGAAGCAGCUACAGCUUGACGAUUCGGCAGCACCCAAGAACAAGAAGCUUGAUGUGUUGAAGGAGUUCGAGAAGAGCGAAAACAAGAGGAGCGCAAGUUUCGUGGUGGUUGGCCACGUUGAUGCAGGAAAGAGUACUCUGAUGGGCAGAUUACUGCUUGAACUCAAGUAUGUGGAGCAGCACUUGAUCGACCGGUAUCGACGACAGGGCGAGAAAAUUGGCAAGUCAUCAUUUGCACUUGCGUGGGUGAUGGAUCAACGAGAAGAAGAACGCGAGCGUGGCGUCACCAUUGAUAUCGCAACAAACCAGUUUGAGACAGAUAAGACACGGUUUACGAUUCUUGACGCUCCUGGUCAUAGGGAUUUUGUUCCCAAUAUGAUUGCUGGAGCCAGUCAAGCAGACUUUGCGAUUCUCGUCAUCGAUGCCAACACAGGCGCUUUUGAAAAGGGCCUGAAGGGCCAAACGCGGGAGCACGCCCUUCUUCUUCGUAGUUUGGGCGUCCAGCGCGUCAUCGUUGCCGUCAAUAAGCUGGAUAUGGUUGGCUGGUCUAAAGACCGGUUUGAUGAGAUCUCGGAGCAGGUCACUGGAUUCAUGAAGGGCAACGGCUUUCAACUUAAAAACGUCACCUUUGUUCCCAUAUCAGGACUGAAUGGCGACAACUUGGUGCGGAGGCCGGACGACGAAGGCCUGUCAUGGUAUACUGGCCCUACCCUCAUUGAGGCGCUGGAAGAGUCAGAACCGAUGACGAGGGCACUUCAAAAGCCAUUCCGUAUGUCGAUAUCGGAGAUCUACCGCACGCAGCAGAGCCAAGUGACCGUCGCUGGUCGGAUAGAAUCCGGAACAGUGCAGAACGGAGAGUCACUCAUUGUGCAACCCAGUGGAGAGCCCGCCUCAAUUCGAUCGAUUGAAGUUGACUCUGAGGUGCAAGAAUGGGCUGUUGCCGGUCAAAACGUUAACAUCGGUCUGUACGGCAUCGACCCGAUUCAUGUGCGUGUAGGCGACAUAAUCAGCAGCAAGGCGGCACCUAUCGAAACAAGCGACACACUAACGAUGAAGGUACUGGCCUUCGACCAUCUGAUGCCGAUGCCUGUGGACGUUCACCGUGGCCGGUUGCACGCUGCUGGCCGUGUUGAAGCUAUCCCAGCGGUGCUCGAUAAGGCGACAGGAGUCACUCUCAAAAAGAAUCCCAAGAUCGUACAGCCUGGCAAGGUUGCCAGGGUAGUCGUCAAGCUAGAAUCCAAAGUACCGUUGGAAGCUGGACAGAGAGUUGUGCUACGAAGUGGUGGAGAGACAAUUGCCGCAGGGCUACUCGAGUAA